CUCAUGCUCGCCGCAGGGGUCGGAGGUCAGGGCGAGCGUCUCCCGGGCCGAAGGAGGAAGAUGGCGGUGGAAUCGCGCGUUACCCAGGAGGAAAUUAAGAAGGAGCCGGAGAAGCCGAUCGACCGCGAGAAGACCUGCCCGCUGCUGCUGCGGGUCUUCACCACCAACAACGGCCGCCACCACCGAAUGGACGAGUUCUCCCGCGGGAACGUGCCUUCGAGCGAGCUGCAGAUCUACACCUGGAUGGAUGCAACCUUGAAAGAACUGACUAGUUUAGUAAAGGAAGUCUACCCAGAAGCCAGAAAGAAGGGCACGCACUUCAAUUUUGCAAUUGUUUUUAUGGAUCUUAAAAGACCUGGAUAUCGAGUUAAAGAGAUUGGCAGCACCAUGUCUGGCAGGAAGGGCACUGAUGACUCCAUGACCCUGCAGUCACAGAAGUUCCAAAUAGGGGAUUAUUUGGACAUAGCCAUCACGCCUCCAAAUCGGGCACCACCUUCGUCAGGGAGGAUGAGACCGUACUGAAUUUUAUUGACUUUCUUGAAGUUAUUUUUCAGCCAGUUUGUAAAAUAAACUUACUUAAUCCUUUCCUCCCCCGGACUUUGCCAUUAAGCCUUUAAAUGUUCAAUGAAUUGUAACAUUUAUUUAGGAAUUAGAAUUGGAUGUACUUUGGUAUAUUAAAGAAAGUCCAUAUGUUUUAAGCCCUUCUGUAAAAUAUGAAGAAAAAAGUGCUCUUAGCAUUCUGUAUAAAGCAGUACUGUGAAA